AUGACAGAAGAAUCACAGAAGAUCACGAUUUCCAUCGAUCGUGGUGGCACAUUCACUGAUGUCCAUGCUAUCGUGCCUGGUCGCCCAGAUAUUAUCCUCAAGCUUCUCUCCGUCGAUCCCGGUCAUUAUGAAGAUGCUCCUACGGAAGGCGUCCGUCAGAUCCUCGAGCUCGUUACAGGCAAGCCUCAUCCUCGAGGUCAGCCACUCGAGCUGGGUCCGAUUGGCUCGCUGCGCAUGGGAACCACAGUUGCGACAAAUGCCUUGCUUGAACGGAAAGGCGCUCGGUCGGUGCUCUUCACGACAAAGGGAUUCCGAGAUCUUCUGAGAAUAGGAGAUCAGUCGCGGCCGAAUAUCUUCGAUCUGACGGUGGCCCGACCGGGUGUUCUGCCGGAAAGUGUGGUUGAAGUUGAUGAGCGAGUUGUUCCCUGCCACCCGUCCGCCGACAAGGACUGCUUCUCGAACGCCCGCAUUGUCGAGGGUAUCACUGGCGAGAAGUUUCGCGUGGUGAAGGAAUUAGAUCUUGAUGCGAUCCGGCCGGAACUGGAGCGGUUGAAGGAGCAGGGCUACCAGUCGCUGUCCGUUGCUUUGGUCCAUUCGUUUGCGUAUCCUGAGCACGAACGCUUGAUCGGAGAGCUUGCUGAGAGCAUGGGGUUCUCCGUCACAUUAUCCUCCAAAUUACAACCCAUGAUCAAGAUCGUACCCCGAGGCAUGUCGGCCGCUGCUGAUGCCUAUCUGACACCAGUCAUCAAGAAAUACAUCGACUCCAUCUCCGCCAGCUUUGAAGGCGGGUUGGAAAAGCAGGGGAAAUGUCGCUUCGAGUUCAUGCAAUCCGACGGCGGUCUGGUUGACUUCCGCCGGUUCAGCGGACUGAAAGCGAUCUUGUCAGGUCCAGCUGCAGGUGUUGUCGGGUUUGCAGCGACCAGCUGGGAUCCCACUGAGAAGAUUCCCGUCAUCGGCUUCGAUAUGGGCGGUACCUCAACGGAUGUGUCGCGUUUCGACGGCCACCUUGAGCAUGUGUUCGGAUCCAAGGUUGCCGGUAUUUUGAUCCAAUCGCCACAGCUCGACAUCAACACGGUGGCAGCCGGCGGAGGCUCCAUUCUCACCUGGCGAAACGGUCUGUUUUACGUCGGACCCGAGUCCGCCUCCGCCCAUCCUGGACCGGCUUGCUAUCGCAAGGGUGGCCCUUUGACUGUCACAGACGCCAACUUAUUCCUUGGUCGCUUAUUGCCAGAAUAUUUCCCGCACAUUUUCGGUCCAAAUGAGGACCAGCCACUCGAUCUGGAGGUUACUACCAAGCUGUUCAACGAGCUGACGGACAAGAUCAACGCGGAGAGGAGAGAGAAGGGUCAAUCGGAAUAUUCCCCGGAGGAUAUCGCCCUGGGAUUUCUGAAAGUGGCCGAUGAGUCCAUGGCGCGCCCGAUCCGCAACCUGACCGAGGCCCGUGGGUUUGAAACAGCUUCUCAUCAUCUGGCUUGCUUUGGAGGCGCCGGUGGCCAGCAUGCAUGCUCUGUUGCCGCAUCCUUGGGUAUCACCCGCAUCAUCAUCCACAAGUACUCCUCCGUUUUGUCGGCGUAUGGUUUGGCCCUGGCUGAGGUGGUCAAGGAGUCGCAGGAGCCGGUCUCCACCGAUUUCCUGGCCUUUCAAAGCACUCUUAAGAAGCGUUUCGGUGACAUGACCAAGGCCGCUACGGAGGAGAUGAUCACUCAAGGCUUCCGGGCUGACCAGGUCCAACACGAGAUGUACCUCAACAUGCGGUAUGAGGGCUCAGAUACCAGUCUGAUGAUCUUGAAGCCGGAUGAAGACAAUGGGUUCCUCGACCAGUUCAAGGAGCGUCAUCGCAGAGAGUUCGGCUUCAACUCUGAUAGACCGGUUCUCGUUGACGAUAUCCGUGUGCGUACCAUUGCUUCUUCCAAGGUCCGCACGGAGAAGAGUCCUCUGGUUCAACUGAGGGGGGCUUCGCUCAAGGACGUCAGUGGACAGCCGGACAAUACCACAAAGGCGUACUUCGACGGCUCUUCCAGCCGCAUCGACACCCCUGUUUAUCUUCUUGACAAGCUCGAAAGGAAUAGCCGUGUCCACGGUCCGGCGGUGAUCAUCGACAAGACUCAGACUGUCGUCGUUUCUCCCAAUGCUGUUGCUAGCAUCCUGGAGACAUGCAUUGUCAUUGACCUGAAGGACACUAAGACAGAUACACCGGCCGCACAUGACGAGCCGUCUCACAUCGAUCCUAUUCGCCUGAGUAUCUUUGGUCAUCGCUUCAUGUCGAUCGCCGAGCAGAUGGGCCGCACACUCCAGAAGACCUCGGUGUCAACCAACAUCAAGGAACGAUUAGACUUCUCCUGUGCUUUGUUCUCUCCGGACGGUGGCCUUGUGGCUAAUGCGCCCCAUGUGCCGGUUCACCUGGGCUCCAUGCAAUUCGCUGUUCGUUACCAGCACCAGAAAUGGCUGGGCAAUCUGAAGGAUGGUGACGUCCUUGUCGCGAACCACCCCAGCUGCGGUGGAACUCAUUUGCCAGACAUUACGGUCAUUACGCCCGUGUUCGACCGUCCUGGUGGCACCGAGAUCAUGUUCUACGUAGCAUCCCGCGGCCAUCACGCCGACAUUGGCGGCAUUCUACCAGGAUCGAUGCCCCCCAAGUCCACCGAACUGUGGCAGGAGGGCGCAGCGAUCGAGGGAGACAAGGUGGUCAGCAACGGCGUCUUUGACGAAAAACGCAUGAUCGAGCUGCUGGUCGACGGUCCUGCUCAGUACCCUGGCUCCUCGGGCGCCAGAUGCAUCAGCGACAACAUCUCGGAUCUGAAGGCGCAAAUUGCCGCCAACGCCCGUGGUAUCUCUCUGAUCCAGGCUCUGUUCGCAGAGUACGGCGUGGCGACCGUCCAAAAGUACAUGUAUGCCAUUCAGCACACCGCCGAGAUGGCCGUUCGCGAGCUCCUCAAGCAGCUCCACAAGAAGUUCGAAGGCCAGCCACUCGAAGCCGUGGACUACAUGGACGAUGGCACCCCGAUCAAACUCAAGAUCACCAUCAACGGCGAAGACGGUUCUGCGUUGUUCGACUUUGACGGCACCGGCCCGGAAGUGUAUGGCGGCUGGAACGCACCGAUUGCCAUCACCCAUUCAGCGAUCAUCUACUGCCUGCGGUGCAUGGUCAACGCCGACGUACCGCUCAACCAGGGCUGUCUCGCGCCGAUCGACAUCCACGUGCCGUCGCCUAGCAUCCUUUCGCCGACCAAGACGGCGGCCGUCGUCGGCGGCAACGUGGUGACCUCGCAGCGCAUCACGGACGUCGUACUCAAAGCGUUCCGCGCGUGCGCCGCGUCGCAGGGAUGCUGCAACAACCUCACGUUCGGCAUGAACUCCCGCGUCGACCCGGAGACCGGGGUCACGAUCCCGGGCUUCGGAUACUACGAGACGAUCGCGGGAGGCAGCGGCGCGGGGCCGACGUGGGACGGCGAGUCCGGCGUGCACGUGCACAUGACCAACACGCGGAUCACGGACCCAGAGAUCCUGGAGAAGCGGUACCCGACGCUGCUGCGGCAGUUCACGCUCCGGCCCGGGUCGGGCGGUCGGGGCCUGCAUCCCGGGGGUGACGGCGUGGUGCGCGAGAUCGAGUUCCUAGCGCCGAUGCAGUGCUCGAUUCUCUCGGAGCGGCGCGUGUUCCGUCCGUAUGGCCUGGAAGGGGGCGAGGAUGCGCAGCCGGGGCUGAACCUAUGGGUGACGACGAACGAGGAGACUGGGGAAGAGCGCCAGGUGAAUAUUGGCGGGAAGAAUACUGUGUCGGUUAAGACCCACGAUCGGUUUGUGAUUAUGACGGCUGGCGGUGGUGGUUGGGGGAGCUGCUUAGUUUGA